CCAAGUGGUUUCGCUCCCAAUCGUCCUUAAUGCUAAACAUUUUAUACUGUCCUGUAUUUCUUUGUCAUUUAUGCAUAAUCCCCUUGUUGAAGCCUAAAAAUCGAAGCUUCUAGGGAUGUCCUUAUUAACAGAGGCUGUGCAGGUCGAAUUCGGAGGUCGAGAGCCAUGGCCCCAAGACGUCACUCUCUACCAGACUGAUCCAGACACCCACAUCCUCCUGCCGGAUUAUGCCUCAUGUCUCGGAGUGAAGGCUUUCCUACACAUGUGUGGGCUCAACUUCCAAACAAAAUGUCGUACAAAUGCAGCCCACAUGUCUCCAUCUGGGAAGAUGCCCUUUGUUCGUGUCGGUCCGAUGAUUGUCUCGGAGUUUGAACCCAUUGUCACAUUUGUGUUGACAAAGGGUCAUCAUUUGAGUGCAGACUCGGAUGAAAUUCAGAAAGCAGAGAUUCGGGCGUACAUAUCGUUGGUGGAUGGUGUGCUGGGAAAUGCAGAGCUGUAUAUCACAUGGUAUGACCCAACGAUAGCCGACGAAAUCACGAAGCCUCGCUUUGGGUCGCCGUAUCCAUGGCCUUUAAAUCGGAUCAUCCCAUGGAUAAGUCAAAGAUCAGAACUCCAGAAACUCAAGACUCUUGGUUGGGCUGAGAAGCCCUUUGACCAGGUGUGCGACGAAGUGACGAGUUGCUGCGCUGCACUUUCAGAGAAACUGGGAAACCAGGACUUCUUUUUUGGAAAUAAACCCACCGAGUUAGAUGCCUCUGUCUACGGCCAUCUCUAUGCCCUACUUACCACAGACCUUCCGAACAAGCAACUUCCAAAGAUAAUCGGCGAACAUCAAAACUUGAUCGACUUUUGUCGGAGAGUUGACUCAAAUUACUUCAAUGGUUCUCACUCGACCUCGCUAGAAACCAGUCUACAACUGUCUCAAGAAUGGGAGGAUGUACAAGCACCUACCGAGAGUGGUGACACAUAGCAUCUAUAAUGCCAUCGCAUAUUUAUAGAAUUUCAUGGACUUUGACAUGCUCACUUUCAAUGCAAGAGGAAAAAUCUGAGUCAACGCAGUGGUAGCUUGUCUUGGACAAGUGAGCACGAGUGAUCUGCAUUUGUUUCUACAGCUGGCGAAAUGUAUUCCUCCUCCGAGCUUUUUUUCACAGUUGACUAGUCAAAAUGUACGAGCACUUUGAACAUUUAUUUACCAAUAGAAAAUGUUUAUUUGA